AUGUCAGCGAACAAUUCAUCAAAUACCUCCGAUAGUAAAGCGAACAGUGCUGGAACAGAGACACCUGUAACAUCUAUACAGGGUUCUGUUUCGGCAAGCAUUGCUUCUACGACUACGGCUCGAACUGGACAGCCUUCAGCUGUCUCUCACACAGUUAAGGAAGCCCAUGCAUCAUCAUCCUCAUCUAAUUCAAGUGGUACAAACGCAGGUAAUGAAGUAAGUACUUCACAACGAGCAAAUGCGCCAAAUACCUCUACAACGCCCUAUACCUCUCAAAAAAACAGGAAAUUAGUUCCCAGAACUCGUGGCGAAAAUGAAGAUCGUCAGAACAAACCUUGCGCUCCAAAUGGAAUGCAGCAAAGCCAGGUUCUCACUACAAAUUCAUCUCCGAGCAAUAACACAUACGUUAUACGAGACAACGAGGGUCGUUGGUUCUUGCUGCAGACAAAUGCUGCGCCUGGUGCUGCAGUCCAUCCGCAUCAUCCUCUGCAACAGUUGCCACCGCAGUUGAUUAAAUCUAAUUUUCUGAACGGAAAUGCCACCACACUUGGGCAGUUAGCUAGGAGCCUUGCACCGAAGCCCUCAACUGCUUCUAUUCCAACUACGACGUCAUCGUUAAUGUCGAAUGCGUCCGGGAGUGGUGUCACCCCCACUGCUCCUUCACGGUUAGGUACACAGCCAAUUACAACAUCUGUUGCAUCGUCGCAGACGCAGCCGGCAGUGGCCAACCAUUAUCAGACUCUUCGGCCUGCGGCAAAUACUAAUCCUCAGCUGCUAACUAUGAUCAACGGUUACUACGUUCAACAGGUUCAUCCAAAUUCGUCAUCUACGCCAUCUUUACCACCUCCAGCCUUUGUUGGCCAGACAAAACUUCCGCUUCCGAUAGUGUCGUCUUCUAGUGUUUCUAACCAAACAGUUGGAGCGCAGCAAAAACUGCGGUUUCACCCUGUUGCUUCAGUUACUUCUGCUGUUAAGCAACCUCACUUGCAGGCUAUGCCACCUCAUUCUUCAGAAAACUGGAAUUGUGGCAAAAACACUGAAAGCAAUGAGACGCCAUCACCACAAUCUGCUGUUCCUCUCAAUGGGAGUGCACAAAACGUCCAUUCUUCUAACUCUUCUGGGUCACCAACCAUUAACGUCGGUGUUAACAGCACCAAAACCUCUUUGUGUGUGAAGUCGAAAGCAAAUGAUAAGGAUUCUCCGAGAGGGCCUGCCAUUGUACCGGGCGCAGCACAAGCAAAGUUGAUGCCGAAUGGUUCAGCGUCACAGUCAGGAACAGUGAGUAACUCGAGUUUGUCGACAGUGUCGGUUGGUUGUUCAGGCAGCCAGGGUGUUCGUCAGGCAGUACCAUCAACUUCGGGGAUGCCUGGUCAGUUACUUCCUGUCUUUCAGCAGCAACAGAAUCUACCUCGUUUCGGUCCUCAACCCCAUAACUCAGGUGUGACGCCUUUUCGUAGGCGAGCUGACGGAGACCUCGAGUUGGGGGUUGAAAACGAACCGCCUUCUAUAGAAUGUCAUGGAGAAUCUAAGGAGGCACAUAAAGUACGACUUUUAUUUCUUCGAGAAGCACAAGCAUUUCGUGAGAAACUUGGCCCUCAGCGCGAAAUAGUUCAUUCAGUGGAUGGUUUAGAAAUCCUGGAGUCAGAUACUCCGUUUUCUCCUAUGCCACCUGUGCCUUUAGAGGAAUGGAUGCCACGUGGGCCGCGUGAGGUCAUUAGAGCUGUAGCGCGUGAAAGUAAGUUUGCGGAAGAGGAUGGUUUUGGUGAUGUAGAUAAUUUCCGGGUGAGUAGUGACGCGCGGUACACCGAUGAAGCUGCCAUUUCCCGUAUUCGUUCUAAGUCUCCUUCAUCAGACUGCCUUGACAGAAGUUCAGAGUCAAAAAAGAAGAGAAAGCGAAAAACUAAUGAAGUUGAUAGACUUUUACAAAUGGAUUUCGGUCCUAGUCAAGGUCGUCUUCGUGACAUGAUGGAGAGCUCUGACAAAAACAUUGAAAAAAACGUAGAGACGAAGGAUGUGAGGAGUACUUUUGAGAAUGACAGUAACCUUUCUCCAAAUUCAAGCAGUUUAGAAAGGGAAGGUUCUACUGAACGGAAGGAAGAUAGACCAAUUUCUGCUGCUGUUGAAACUAAAGAGAAAAAACGAAGGGGACGAAUCCCUGGGAAAAAGAACAUCAAGGAACUUGAAGGAAGACAGCUUGCUUCUAAAACAAGCGGAUUAGGGGAUGAAAAGCAGCUUAAGGAAAGUAGAGAUAUUCGGGAAGUCCCCGCUUCUUUGAUGGAGGAAAUUAACGUAGAAAAA